AACACAUCAGUCGGGGUGAACUGGGGUGAUACGAGACUACGAGAGACAGAACGAGACUUGGCACAUGCCCUUGGUAUGAAUGAGCUCCGAAUACAAGGACUCCUGCACGAACGUUACAAGACACACUUUCUAGGACUGCUGCAUAAAAUAUUACGCCCGGCUCCAGGAACGCCAUGCAGCUAUCCUAACAAGCUCGCCUCGCGGCCAGUGAAGAGUGAAAUGCGCCAGCCCCUUAAGGAAAAACUACAAAAUGCAAUCAACAGGGCUCUGUUACCUGACAACGACCUGGGCGCGCUUAUUGUAGGUGGAAGAAGGAGAAACAGGAAGAAGAAACCAAAGCCUAAAAACAAUGUCAAGAACAAGAAGAAUGCGAAGAAGACAGAAGGGAAGAACAAGAGGCUGGGUCUACUCUCCACCAGGGAGGACAGCGGACACGAGUCCGAGCCGCUGAUCGAAGACGAGGCUGAGGACUGGAAGGAGAACCAGGAUUGGGAACAGGAAGCAGACGACAGAGAGAACAGCGAUCCAAAUAAGAUGCCGUUCAAUUUCUUGAAAAAGUCCAAGAAGGACAAGAAAGACAAGAAGGAUAAGAAGAAAGACAGUGAUGCCGCUGUCGAUGACGCCAAACCUGAAGACCAACAACCCAUCGUGGACGCUCCAGACGCCGACCAGACCACGCCUCCGCCGAAAGUAUUUAAAGAGGGCACUACAUUGGCCACGAUGGCGAGCUCGGUUCCCAAGAAACCGGAACCAGUUAAGGAUCAAGUCAAGGACGAAGAGUACCCGGAUGGGGGCUUUGUCCCUAGCAACCAUGUAGCAGCUGCCCCUAGCAACGACCCCAAGACCAGUCAACCAGCUGCACAGGAGAAAGAAAAUCCAGAGAAGCCAGCUGAUACGGACGAGACUGAGCUCAAGAAGCUAGAGAUCAAGGACGCACCUGUCAAGAGCGAGAACUCUCCACUCAUCAAUAAAAACGGAGAUGUGAAGGAGAGCAAGCUGCAGGAUUCGCAACCUGGCAUGCUCUGCUGCACCAUUCUGUAGCGAUGCCUAUAGGAACCGGAAAUGACGUAACGUCCUUGACCUUGUAGUCACUAAAAAAACUUUCGGCUGUUCCAAGAACAGUUGCUCUUGGUUUUCUAACUCUGAUACAGUUCUGUGGUGUGGUUUGCAUUAGAAAGAUCGUUGCAUGAGGUUACGUUUGAAACAAAAUAUGAAAAAAAAUAUUCUCGGGUGAGUUUGCAAGACCUUAUUAUGUGUUGUUUUCCGUGACUCGCAUGUUUAUAAACAAUAAAAAAAAUAUGCCCCAUAUACAUUCUAAAAAUGGUUUGCAUAAAUAUAUGGUAUGGGUUGAAACCUUAUUGAUUACGCACGUUCAUGUUAAUCGAUAUCGAUAUACAAGCAAUCAAAUGGUGACUUGAUUGAUCACUAUGUAUAAUAUAUAUAUAGCAAUGAAUAUAAUAUAUAAAACUUGAAUCUUAGCAUACGUUUAGAUACAUAUGAGUUUAUUCAGUCUAACGUUCGGAACUGAUAUUCGUUUAUCGCAAUAUCUAUCGACCACUGCGCGACAACUUCUAGGGAUCGUUUGGGAGUAGACAUCAUAUGAAAUACCUGCACAGUGAGGCACCGCCCACUUUCCUGGGCACCUGUUGCAUGUCAUGUGACAUAGCCUCGUUUUGACCUCGUCAUGCGAUGGUUGAGCGGUGCUGCAGCUGCUGCAGUUUCAUCCGGGCAUUUGUUGUCUUUGUUUGGAAUAUAAUAAUGAAAUCUACAUGUUAUAAUGACAUCUGCUAGCUGAUAGGCUGUUACACACGGGGAAAAUAUUGACAAUAUGAAGCGUCAGUCACGAGUGGCUAUUGUUCAAGAAAAUAUUAGAGCUGAUGGUGCGAUUUUGCUUUGCCAGUUCCUUCGUUAACAUGUCAACUUUUUUUGUAGCAUAUAUUUCUGCGAUGAUUAAAUCACGCACACUUGCUAUUAUUCAGGAAUAUUUAUAAAUCGACUUUUUAAACGAAUCGCCAGCUGUCAAAAUAUGUGGAAAACUUGUCAACGAUUUUGUCUUGUUACAGCUUCUCAAAUAGUGGAAAGGGGCUUAUUCAUACGUAUACUCAAUAGGGCCGCAGUGCAGGCACUGGGCUUGUAACGCAAACAUCGGCAGCUACAAGUUAUAUAUAUGACCACAACCAGUACCAGGAGUAUAUUACUGACACUGGUUGUAGCCGUAUAUUGUGCCGCUGCUAAUGUUUUCAUUCCAAGCCCGUGUGUGUAGGCACAUGUAAAAUAUAUUCGAAUAUCAACUGUUAUUUAUAUAUAAUGUAUGUCUGUUUAAUUUAUGUCUUUCACAUCUCCAGGCUUCCUGUUUGUUUUACACUUUUCUACCGUACAAUAUGUUUAUAUAUAGGCACGUAUAUAUUUGUCUAUCGUGAUCACACUGAAUAAGGAAAAAAGUGAUGCUAAUAUUUAGUGUACCAAAAAAGGUCCGGGGAAAAUUCAAGAUGGUGGCAUACGACAGAAAUACGAACAACUGCACUUACACUCACGUGAUCUUCAGACUUUCCGAUAACUAAGGUCAAGGUCAGAAUGCUAGGGUCAAGGUCAAACUGUACGUGCAGUGCAGUUAAAGUCGUUUAUGAUAUCAUUUAUAACAUCCUUUGUGAAAGUAGUGAAAUAAGGACUAACCAAUUCGUGAUGCUAUAUAAAUAGACUCCCUGGAUGCGCAUGUUUACAAAAUGACGCAAUAAUGAAUAAUCUCAACCGGACUGGUGCUAUAUUAUGUUGGCGUUGGCGGCUUUCACCAUAAUGUGCCUUAUUACAAUAUGUACCGGAGCAAAGUCUCCAAAUCCCAGUGUUCCAUGUGUGUGAUGUCUUCCUCUGUCACGUGAGAUCGGAAAUAAACGAGAUAAGCUUCUAUGAUCCAAAUAAAUUCUUAUUAUGCUCAUCAGAGCGUUAAUUUCAAUAUUUCGACGAGAAACUUUCAAUUUUAUUUUAUUCUAUUGUAUGUAUACCGUGAAAAAUGGACUUAAUACGCAUAUGCUGAUUCAUCUAUAGACGAGUUUAACAUUUUAGUUUAGGGAUUGUCUUGACAGACAUGUUUGGGGAGAACGUAAUUGCAUACCUAAUUCAGAAUAUACAUUUAACACAGUUAGAUAGUUAAUUGCAUUGGAAAGAAAUGUCAGAGUUGAGUUUUGGCUGAUUGCCGAAUGUUUACAAUGUUAUGUUUAAGACAAGAGCACGUCAGGAUUGUUUUGGAAAAUGCACGUCCAUCUGUUUUAUGUUACGAAACAUUAUCAAACUAAAAUUUCCUGCGUAGGGGCAGAAAAAGGGGGUGGAGGUUGGGGGUAUUGUUUUCAAAACUGUGGCAACUAGAAAUACCAGGCUGUGCAACUGUUCAAGGGAAAACAGUAAAGCAAAUUUAUGAGUAUGACCCAUAUUUGGAAGAAUAUAGCAAUAAGAAAUUUAAUUUAGUGUAUAUUUGUUUAUUUUCAUUUCUUUUAAUUUCUAAUUCCGCUGUUUAUAUCUGUUAACGUAAUUGAUAACUGCGCAUGUUGAUACAUGUCACCUCAUGUCAUCCUGUUGAACAAUAAUUGUUCGUUGUUUGUUUAGCCCUGUAUGGCUUUCCUGGCUGGGAGAGAGAUAUAUUGUUGAGAAAACUCACCCCGAGUCAGCGAUCUGUCUUCUGAGACAAAGUAAAUUACUCUCCGGGUUGUUUUGUUGUUCGUUGGUAAUAAACUCUUCUAAAAUACA